AUGGCCACAGACUCCCCCCCAGAGAAGAUGCUGAGGGCGGGUAGAGACACUGACCGGUCCCGAGGUAAAGCUCCCGCCGCUGCUUCUGCUUCUCCGGUUCUCCCAGGCCCCAGUGGCACCUCCGCGGCCGGCCGGGCGCCUCAGGGCCUCAGAGUUGAAACGAUGGCAGCAGCCGAGGCCAUCUCCAUGACUGGUGGACAGCUGGGGCUGUUUUCUGUGCCUGGGAAUCAGCAUUUCGACCCUGAGGGUGGCCGUGGCCCAAACAUUGAACUUGGACGUCUCAGGCCCAAGGUGAGAAGCCAGAGAGAGGUAGGCCAAACCCCGGAAGGCGGGAAAGGCGGGAAAGGCGGGGAAGGCGGCGAAGGAGGCGAAGGCCGCGAAGGCGGCAGCGGCGACGGGCCCCCGGCUCAAACAAAGAGCAGUAGAAAGAGGAAGCAGCCCAACGAAAACCUAACUACCGAAUGUGCAGGUGGGCUUCAGCUUCCAGAAGCUCUAGAGUUGCCGGGUACACCCCAGCCACCAUCUUCUCUGAGCUCUCAGCCUGGCAGCAGCCACCGUUUUGACUUUUCAACGGGGAACCUAGAAUCCCUAGGGCCUACCCUCCGGAGCAGCACCGUGCUGCACUCCGUGUCUAUUCCAGCCCCUGAGGCCCCGAGCCAAGCCGUUCCGACUGUUUCUGGUCCUCACAGCCGCGCACCCAAGGCCAGAUGUGAUGGGCGUGAACACGACACCCCUGUUGGCCAGGAACUCGGUCAACAGGCCCUUCUGACGGCUCCUGAUGAUGGACUUUGUCAUUAUGAUCCUGACCCCAAAGGCAGUGUGACCCCUGAAGGCAGGGUUCUCCGCUCACGCUCACGAGUCGUAACAUCUGGUGGUCGUAGCAGUACAUCUGUGGUCAGCCCCGAAGUUUGCUCGGUAGGCCGCCCAGAAGCCCAGAACAUCCGCUGGAAUUUACGCCCUCGGCCCACUCCACGAGUUCCUGCUCCUCACAGCUACACCCCAGGGUCCAGUUCUGAUAGAGGCAGCCGUGAAACACCAUGCAGAAGCAGAAGCAGACGCACUGCAUCCAGUUUCGGCCCUGACAACCAACGAAGCCUUACAAUAAAGGUGGAUCUGAACCUGGAGCCGGGGCCCGAAUCAGAAUCAGAAUCAGAAUCGGAGCCAGAGUCCGAAUCAGAAUCAGAGCCAGUGCCAGAAUCGGAACUGGAAUCAGAGCCAGAAUCAGAAUCAGAGCCAGAAUCACAGCUAGAAUCAGAGCUGGAGGGAGAGGAAGAUCCAGAACCUGGCCCUAGCAGCCGGCCACAAGCAAGCCUUUCCACCUUUAGGCAUGCAGUUCCAAGGAGAUCCUUGCUAGCAACCAGAGGCUCUCCUCCAAGGCGCCCAGUGCGUAUGCGGGCUUCUUCCCCUUCUCCUCCUUGUAGGCACUAUGCUUUCCCUGGGCAGUAUAAUGAAGGUGCCAGUUCUUCCUCCUCAUCCUCCAACGAGGAUGUCCCCUGUGUUUCAGAUCCCCCUUCUUUACUUAAUAAGACACCAGAACGGGGCUCCCCAUCUUCAUUAGGUGACUUAAGCUCUGACUCUGGUCCUAGUCCUGGUGCACUUUGGCGUGCCUUGAUACCUGACCUGGAUAACCUUGAUUCUUCCUCUUCUGGAGAGUCAGACGAAGAAAUAGAGAUUACCCCUCACCCUCCUGCAUAG